UUUCCGAUAAGUUCACGUUUAGUAUUACUGAAACAACCAAAUCAACUUUGAUUGGACGUGAUCUAUUUGAGGCUCUAUUUCUUUCUAAAUUAAGGAUUAUAUAAUACCAACGCAAUGAUUGUAUUCUAAAACCAUUUAAACAUUCUAUUCUUCUAUUAUUUUAGGAUUCUAAAAUCAGGUAAACGCAACAAAUCUAUAGAUUCCUUUUUGUUAACAUUUAUUUAACGAAUAGAAAUAAUCUACAUUAUAAUAAUAGUUAAGUAAAUAUCAAAAGUGAUCUUGACAUAUCAAAGGAAAAAAAAGAAGAAGCUACAGUUGCCAAUUACUGUUUUAAAUCAAGACGGAACAGCACACAGUACGAUUUCAGGGAACAAGCACCAUCAUACGCGGAAAACAUCAUGCCUUCUAUACUCCAGCGUCUUGGAAGUUUAUUUUACAUCGUGAGUCCAAAUAGCACUUCCUUCGAGAAAAGAGAGGAGGUGCCUAAUUUCAUCAAUGAGGCUAUCCCUCUCUUCGUGGCGCUGCUUGCCCUGGAGUGGGCUCUUCUCUGGCGCCGGGGUAAAAAGGCUCGCAUCAAUGACGCAAUUACAUCGUCAGGACAUGGGCUCGUCUAUGAAACCAGCAAAAUAUUAUCCCGAGGUGCUGAGCUCUUCGCAUAUGACUGGCUUUAUCGGUACAGAGUGGUUGAUCUAGACUGGGACUCACCUGUCACGUGGUUUACGGCUGCCGUUGGAGUGGACUUUGCGUUCUAUUGGUUUCACCGCGCGACUCAUGAAAUAAGCCUCGGUUGGGCGGCUCACCAAGUGCACCAUUCGUCCCAAGAAUACAACCUCUCCACCGCCCUACGCCAGUCCAUCUUCCAGCGAGCCUUCUGGGUCGUUUUCUACAACCCUCUCGCUCUUCUGGGCAUCCCGCUUCCUGCUCUGCUCGUUCACAUCCAGUUUAAUCUCCUCUACCAGUUUUGGAUUCACACGGAAACGGUCGGGAAGCUUGGGCCGUUGGAAUGGGUGCUCAACACGCCUUCACACCAUAGGGUUCAUCACGGAGCCAACAAAUAUUGUUUGGACAAGAACUACGGCGGUGUGCUGGUCAUCUGGGAUCGACUAUUUGGAACCUUUGCAGAAGAGCGAGAAGACGAGAAGAUAGUCUACGGGUUGGUCGACCAGCCUCAAUCCCUCAAUGUUAUCUGGCUUCAGGUUUACUAUUAUUCUGAAGUCUUCAAAAAGGCAAAGAACAUGAACACUUGGGUAGACACGAUAAAAGCACUUUUCAAUGGGCCCGGUUGGCACCCUGGCACUCCUCGCUUGGGUGAUGCCAGCGCUUCUUCAGACGUCCAGGCGAAUAGGGCCAAGUACGAUCCUCGACUCCCCAUGUGGCAAGAGGUCUAUGUUGCGCUGCAGUACUUCCUUGCACUCUUUCUGCAACAGGUCCUCAUAGCAAAAUUAUCGACGUCCUCGUGGUUCAGCAUCCUCCUGAUGUCCACCUUCAUUCUGCUCUCCGUGGGACUCAUCGGGGCCCUGUAUGACGGCUGGCGAUGGGCGCCCCUGGCCGAGACCGUCCGUUGCGCCGCCUUUGUUGUCUACGCCCGCGGUACGCCCAUCUCAAAGAGUACAUUCUUGGAUACUUGUCUAGUGGUUUAUUUUACUCUGUCGGCGCUGGUGUGGAUGGCUCAUAGUUUCAAGGUUCUUAUUAAAGGUUCUAAGGAAACGGCGAAGACAGAAUGAUGUAAGGGACCGUAAGAUUUUUUAAAAUCAAUUUUUAUAUUUAAUUUUAUAGACAUUAUUGUAAAACUUUAGGGGGUGGAUGAUGUUAAAUAUCAUUGUUAUUAUCAUCAUGGAUAGGAUAUAAGUGAUAAUCAGUCACACAUCAUCACUCAUUAAUCACUAAUCUGUGGUCAUUAUUCUAAUUCAUUAUAUCUUUGCUGAAUGAUAUUAAAACAAUAACAACAGCAGCAGCAUAAAAAAAAAGAUAGAAAUAAUAAUAGUUAUGAUAAUAAUGAUGAUAAAAUUGAUGAUAAUGAUAAUAAUAACUAUACUUCAAACAGAAUCAAUAGUAGAUAAUUGGUAAUUGUUAUGAUUAAGGAUGUGAAUAAAAAAAUGAAAAAAAAAAUGGUAAUGGUGAUCAUAAUCACACAAUAUAAGAAGGGAAAAAAUAAAAAAAGAAGUAGAUACACAAACAUCGAUUACAGUAAUACUUAUGAAGUAUCAGUGUUUAAGAUUAUAAUGGUAAUGAUAAUAUCCCACUCGAGUAACGACAAUCAUAACAGUAAUAAUAGUGAUAAUAAUAAUGUUGAUAAAGAUAACAAGAAAAAUAGUAAUACUUUU